GGGGUGUCAUGGUGGCUGCCGAUUCACCAUCACAAUCUGUCAAGAAAAUCAUCGAAAUAAACCCGUACAUGCUUGGUACGAUGGCUGGAGGAGCUGCUGACUGCCAGUUCUGGCACAGAAAUCUUGGAAUUAAGUGCCGUUUACAUGAAUUGGCUAACAAAAGAAGAAUUUCCAUUGCUGGAGCUUCAAAGCUGUUGGCCAACAUUCUGUAUUCUUACCGAGGAAUGGGUUUAUCUGUCGGGACUAUGAUUGCUGGCUGGGAUGAACAGGGCCCUGGUCUUUAUUAUGUCGACAGUGAAGGUGGACGACUUAAAGGCACCCGAUUCUCGGUUGGCUCGGGUUCUCCAUAUGCUUAUGGUGUUUUGGACAAUGGAUACCGUUUUGAUAUGUCGGUUGAGGAAGCUGCUGAGCUGGCAAGGCGAUCAAUCUAUCACGCGACUUUCCGUGACGGUGCCAGUGGUGGUGUUGCCAGCGUGUACCACGUUGGGCCAGACGGGUGGAAGAAGCUAUCAGGGGAUGAUGUUGGGGAACUUCAUUACCAAUACUAUCCAGUCGAGCCCACGUCAGUGGAACAUGAAAUGACUGAGAUUGCUAUUGCG